GUUAAACUUGAAAAACUACCAGAUUGUUCUGGCAAUGGUUUAUGCCAUUGAGGAGAUCAACAGAAACCCCCAUAUUUUACCCAAUGUGUCUCUGGGAUAUGAUAUUUAUAAUGUCCUGUUUAAUGAAUGGUGGACAUUAGACAGAUGCAUCACAUGGCUGUCUGGGCUGAAGGAGUAUGUGCCUAAUUACACGUGUAAGAAAGAGAUGAAGUCUGUUGCAGUACUCACAGGCAUAUCCUGGAUAAUAUCAGCCAAUAUAGGGACACUGCUGAAACUCUACAAAUAUCCACAGCUGACUAUUGGGUCUUUUGAUCCUAACCUUAAUCAUGAGCAGUUUCCUAGUCUAUAUCAAAUGCCCUCCAAAGAUAUGUCUCUAUUUCAUGCCAUUGUCUCUUUGUUGAAUUAUUUUCACUGGAAUUGGGUAGGAAUCAUCAUGUCAGAAGGACAAAAUAGUGUUCAGAUCACGUCAGACUUGAUGGCAGAAAUGGAAAGAAACAGAAUAUGUGUAGAUUUUGUGGAAAUGAUAUCAGUUAGUGAAGUAUCUUAUUUACCAAACAGACAACAGAAUCCUACACAGAUUCUGAAAUCAUCAGCCAAUGUGAUCAUCACCUACGGUGACAGUGAUUUUCUGAGAGGCUUCCUGUUUUAUUUAAGACAAACUUUACUAACAUGGAAAGUCUGGAUCAUGAACUCAGAAUGGGACGGUGUCAUCCAGGCAAAGCAUUUCAUUUUACAUUCACUCCAUGGGAGCCUCAUCUUCACACAUCACCACAAAGAAAUCUCUGGUUUCAAAACUUUUAUCCAAACAGUUCAUCCUUCAAAAUAUUCAGAAGAUUUUUAUCUUACAAUGUUGUGGUUCUCCUUUUUUAACUGCUCAUUUGCUGAUGAUGACUGCAAUACACUGGAAAACUGUCUGCCAAAUGCUUCCUUGCAUGAGUCACCAAGGACCCAUUUUGACAUGGUCAUGACUGAGUUUGCUUAUAAUAUAUACAAUGCUGUGUAUGCUGUGGCCCACAGCCUUCAUGAGAUGCUUCUUCAUCAAGUAGAAGUAAGACCAAUAAGAAAGGCAGAAGAGCUGGUGUCUUCAAUCUGGCAGAUCUACAAUGAAAAGAAACAAGCUGAUCAAGAAAAACUACAAAAGGUUCAAUUUGAAGAAGAGAGGAAGACGAGGAAGUGUAAUCACACUAAGUCCUGUACUCAAGGAGACAGAAAGAUCUUAAAGCCUGAUGUUAAAUGUAUAUUCUGUGCAAAUAUAUGUUCGAA